GGCUCUGGCUCCCUAUCACUGUCUAUUUUGGCAACACGCGUCCGCGCAUGGAGCCUCCAUCCCCUCCAGUCGCUUUUACGCACCGACCUCGAUAAUGCGCGCAGGUACCGGGACGCUCGCAGCCGCCAGCCCGACUCACUAAGCUCCUCUCACGGACUAAUAUGAGAGAAGUGGAUGUAGAGGUGUGACACAGCCGAGAGCAGGACGCAUUUUUCUCUGUGGACCGUUCUUGUUUUCCAGCACCGCGCGUCAGCAUGGACGUCCUGGCGAACCACAGCAUCUUCCAGGAACUUCAGCUGGUGCACGACACCGGCUACUUCUCAGCCAUGCCGUCGCUGGAGGAGAACUGGCAGCAGACCUGCUUGGAGCUGGAGCGCUAUCUGCAGACGGAGCCCAAGCGUCUGUCCGAGCUCUUCGACCAGGACCUGGAUGGUCUCCUGACUCCGGCCUACUUGAAGGAGGAUGGCGAGGAGGAGCUGACAGAUGCUCUGCUCCCGGGCCCGCCCAGCCUCCCGGAGCCUCCGAGCCCUCCGGUGAUCCUCUGCCCGACACGGAAGAACCUCCCCUCCACCGGGGCAAUGAAAAGGGACCUCAAACUCAAGAGCCAGGGGCUGGAAAAUGUAGAAGGGAUGGAAGGCGUCCACCAGGCCCAGCUGAGCGCCGUCACCUCCCUGACACCCCCGUCGUCACCAGAGCUGGGCCGCCACCUGGUCAAACCCAACCAGACACUGACGGCCUCCGCCGACGGCACGCUCACCCUGAAGCUGGUGGCCAGGAAGGUGGGGCUCAGCGCGGCCCGACUGGUGGCGGCACACGCCCUCCCUGUCCGGAUGAAGGACGAAGAGGAGGGGGCCCCGUGCACGAUCGGGGUCGGGGAGCUCCCGGAGAACAAGAAGAGGAUUCACCGCUGUCAGUUCAACGGCUGCAGGAAGGUGUACACCAAGAGCUCCCACCUGAAGGCUCACCAGAGGACACACACAGGUGAGAAACCGUACAAGUGCUCGUGGGAGGGCUGCGAGUGGCGAUUCGCCCGGAGCGACGAGCUGACGCGGCACUACCGCAAACACACCGGCGCCAAGCCUUUCAAGUGCAACCACUGUGACAGGUGUUUCUCGCGGUCGGAUCACUUGGCGCUGCACAUGAAGAGGCACAUCUGAGGAGUCGGAGGGAGGUCAGCGGGAGAGGAAGAGCGGGGAGGAGGAUGGAGGCGGAGCGGAGGAUAGAAAAAACAGAAAAAUAACACGAUGGACGUGAAGGAGAAAGAUAGAGACGGACUGUAAAGACAGAUUCUGGACUGCGGGGAGAGAGUUCAGCACACAGAGCGGCUGACUACAGACAGAUCCCCAUCGGGUCCCAACCAGCUGGUCCAUGAUCCCACGACCAAACAUCACCACCUCACCAACGUCUCACUGAGGAGAAGUCCCAUGGUGGGUGGUGGACCACGGCCCUGUGGUUGGCAGCUCUCUGAUUCCGUUGCUUUCCAAGAUCGCCGCCCUCGUCACGCAGCAGCCGCUCCACAUGUCAGCGAACACGCCAACACGCCAAGCUGCACCGCUGUAACUUUCAAACUGCCGACUGCAGAGCGGCAGUUUGUAUAUUCACGAUUUUUCUCUUCUCGGAAACUUUCCAAGGCCGAGGAGAACAGUCUCACUGGUUCAGAGUUGCCACGGCCUUUACGGUUUAUCAUUCUAAUUAUAGGGCAGAUAUUAAUGUGACCGUUUUUCCUCUGACCUCUGAUCCUCCUGCCUCGAAGGCAUUGGAGCAAAUGUUUGAACGCAGACUUCUUCAGACUGGAAGAUGUGCGUUCUGCAUGACGUGCUGUGGAGACCGAUGGAGGUCAUGCCAGGGCCGGGCUCGCUUUAUGAGCGUCCACCACGGAGGGCUACCGCGGGAUGGGGCUAACCAAUCUUCUCUGGGAAAGACCGUUCCUCUACGAGAAUGUCAGCUGCACCUGAGAGCGUUUUGUCCUCUUGUCAGAAACUGUUGCACAAUUGACUGUUUGCAAACUUUUUGUAAAAGCUGCCCCAGCGUCUGGGACACUUUGGGACUCAUGAGGCGCUGGCUGCCAGUGGACAGCCACACUGCACAAAGUCGACGCAGCUAGCGGACUGCGAGAGCACACGAACAAGAUCACCAUGUAUGUAAAGGCCCUGUUGUUUCUAAGACAAAUAUUUGUUCGGCAAAAACAAUUGAAAAGACAGUUUUGAAGAACACAUUGGAAAUGGACGCAUCCAAAAAAGAAAAAGAAGGAAAAGGACUGUAGAUGCCUGACAUGAUCUCUCCGGCCUCUGAGAGGGAUUGGCACCGAACCAACCACUGGGUAGAGGAAGGUUUUAUUUCCUGUUUGCACCACCCAUGCAGAACUCUUCCAAUUUCGCAGCUCAUAUCAGAGAAAAAGCAGAAUCUAAUCCGGCCCUAUGCAUAUCUAAAAACAUUCCUGCUGACUUCCUGAUCACACGUGUUCAUCUGAACGCAGGUUUCUACGCUGCCGGACACGGAAGGACUCGUAGGAACUCAAAUUCAAUCAAUUGGGCGGCUCGUCUCAGAGCGAAUCGAUGUGAAUGUAUCUGUUGUUAGUCUGUACAUGUUGUGGGGCCCAUGGGAAGAACAACCAGUCAUGUUCAUAGCUUCUCUUUUUCACAUUGCAAACUAGAAUGACUCUCAGAAGAGCUCAUAUCUCCACCGAGGCCCAACAGACCAAAAUCUGCAAGAUCAGGAUUUAUAUCUGUCUGAGUGGUUUCAUCAGGAUCCAUGAAUUACCUCCUGGGAAACAUCCUAAUCUUGCAAUUUUGAAGAAAGUGAUAAAAAAUAAUUCCUGCAUCCGCAUCGGGGAAAUCUGUUCAGUCGUUUUCUAUGAUCUCCUGCUGAUGAACAGGUGAAAACAUGAGCUUGUGGGUGGAGAUAACAAAUAGAAGGACUUAGAAUGACUUGCUAGCCACAGGUGGGAGCUUUAAGCAUGUUACUGGUCGUACUGGACCAGCUGGUAGCGAUGAGUUCACAUUUCCAGUAGGGGGCAGGAAACUGCAGGAGACACACGUGGGCUCUCCCAGGAAACCAGAAUCCACCUCGGCAUCCUGACUCUUCUAGAGAACAAAGCUUUUUGCCACAUUACGCUUUAAAGUGUCAUGUUUUUAAUCCACUUAUGAAUUCUGGGUGAAAAAUCAGCUCAGAUCAAACGCACACAAAUCAAAAUGGCAGCUUGGACGACAGCAGAUGAUCAAGACACCGAUGAACCUGGUUGGGAACAGCUUCAUCGAUGUGUUUAUUCUUUCUUAUUUAUUUUUUUACCGGCCUUUUAAUACUUGGAGGCAAAGUGGAGAACACAGCAAUCUGCUUCUCGGCCGGGGGACACACAAAAUUGAUUUUACUCUGUGUACCACAGGCGCUUUUCAAUUUCGGGUAUGAAUGCAGACCAGCUCAAUCAUAUCUCGUCAUGAUCCGUGUUCGGCUCUGGAGGAGGAAACUGAAUCAACUCCGGCCUCGAGUAAACACCCAACACUUUCUCUUCUAACGUACAAACAAGCACGGAUCCACUUUUCAUUUUCAUAGAAGCGUGUACGCAUCAGGGCAGUGGGGG